AGACUUUUAUGCCACGGGGCACGUACUUUUGCGGCAAAAGCGCAGAAACGUUAAAGACGAGCAUCGAACAGACUCGAGCAUUCGAGAACUCGCGCGGUCGUUUCGAUUUGUCGGCGCGCCAAUAAAUCAGCGCCGGUCGCAAGAUCUCGAGCGAACGAGGAGCGAAUUCUGCGCGAGCUUCUGCAUCUUCCUGAAUAAAGGGGGGAAGGGAAUAAAAAUGGAUGGUUGCAUCUCGAUGCAGCUUCGCGCGGAGCUUCUGCAAGGAUGCCCGCGCUCGUCGCGCGAGGACGGCCCUGGCGUCGACCGGAGUUUCAACGCCGAUUGCGUCACAUCCGUCGUUUGCGCGAGUAGAACGGUAGCGACGCGUCGUCACGGCUCGAUAUAGCUCGAGCGACGCGCUCGGAUCGCGAUGUCGGAGCAGAAGGCCGGCGACGUCGAACGUAUCGCGUUAGACGUCAGCGGACUUUGGUGGAUGCCGCGCGUACGGAGCGAUCGGGAGUUCGGACGACGGGCGGAGAUCGGGUGAAGAGAAGCGUAAACCAACCGAAGCAUGGGUCUCAAAGACUUUCGUAUAGCGUUUGACAAUCAGUGGAGCACGUAUUAUCCCGGUCAAACGGUGACGGGUAACAUCGUCGUUGCACUGGACAGCACAAAGAAGAUUCGCGGUAUAAGUGUAACAGCGAAAGGCGAAGCAAAUACUUGUUGGACAACUGACAAACAAGAGAUGGAUGAGAACGGACAAUAUCGAGAGGGAACUCAAACCGUAACUGCUCACGAAGAGUAUUUCAAAACAAAAUACUACUUGAUUGGAUCAUCUUCCGGUGGAGAAAUCGAGAUACAGUCCGGGGAACACAAAUUCCCAUUCGCUUGCUCCUUACCGUUGCAUCUACCGAGCAGCUUCGAAUCGGACUUUGGGCACAUUCGUUAUAUCGUGAAAGCCACGCUAGAUCGACCGUGGAAGUUCGAUCAAGACGUCAAGAGUCCAUUCACGGUCAUCGCUCCCUUAGACUUGAACACAGAACCAAAAGCGGCUGAAUCCGUGCGACAAGAGAUGAGUAAGACGUUCUGUUGCCUAUGUUGCGCCACGCCACCGUUGACCGUAAAUUUUGCGUUGCCAGCUCGAGGAUACGUGCCUGGACAGUCGAUGCCGAUAAAGAUAAACGUUGAGAAUUCGUCAAACGUCGUUGUAAACGCCGUAAAACUUGCCCUCUAUAAGAUUGUGACUCUUCGCGCCACUACACCGCACACGGAUACUAAAACGGAGGAGACUGUGGUGACGGAAGUCAGCAAGGGUCCGAUCGAGCGCGGUGAAAUCGCCGAUUACGAGCAGCACCUGGAUAUUCCUCCUACCCCACCCUCGAAUCUCGCUCAAUGUGGCAUUAUCGAUCUCGAGUACAAUUUGAAAGUGGAAGCGCGCGUUGAAGGGUGGUAUCAUAUGAACCUCUCCGACAAGACGCUCAUCUUUGUGGGAACGGUUCCGCUCGCCGCUUAUCACGCCCCGACCGCACCACCUCCUCAAGUAGACGGCGGUUAUCCCGCAACGAAGCCACCCGAGGCCGGUUUCGUCGUACCUUCGGCGGACACCGCGCUACCCCCGAUACCGGAAUCGCAUUUGUAUCCAAACUUACCCCCACCAUCCUACGAGGAGUCGGUGCACGGCGCUAGAAGUAUUCGCGAGCGCGGAGAGUCGGAACACGUUUACGGCCUGGCCAAUCGUUUCGCACCAAGAUACCCGAUGUACAAUUUUACGUCCGCGCAGUAACGGGGGAAACACGGCCGCAUUGAUCAUUGAUUAUUAUACGCAGAACUGAGACGCACAUUCGCUCAUCCUUUUUGCUUUUUUUUUUUUAUUAAAGAAUCGCUUUAAACAUUUAGUGCGCCAAGCGCUCUUUUGAUAACACUCUUUUUGUAACGAGUAUCGAGUUUGAAGUAACGAACACUGGUUCUGCGCGUUUGGAUUGCAAAGAUGUUUGCUUAUACAUACAUGUAUUUAUACAAAUUGUGUGUUUAUAUGAAAUAUACAAAAACGGAUGCAAAGUGCGCCCCAAAUGCAAAUGUAAAAAUAGUACUUGGAGGCGUGCAUGUUGUUUGAUGAAGAAAUUAUGUUUUGCGUGCGAGUUUAGAAUUUGUUUAUAUAAACUUCUCACUUCUUAUCACGAUACGCAUUAAGAGAAUGCUACAUUUUUUUGCAAAAGUCCCGCGGGGAUAAUAACCCUGCAUCAUCAUCAUCAUCGAAUCGACACUCGACGCGACGCGAGGCGUUCAUUUUUCGCGUCUCACGUGUUUUACCGUCACGCGUAAUUUACAUUAUCUCGAUCGAAAGCAUUUGCGCGCGACACUGUCGCAAGUUGAAUAAAACACCAAAGCCGAAAAAUAAAACACCAAAGCCGAAAAAA